AUGUAAAUAUCCGUUUUAUAUACCACAUACUCUUAGUAUGUUAUUUUUUUCGUUUUAUAUAUUCUAUAACAAGUGUUAAUAAUUAAACAAUGAUUUAUUGUUUAAAACUCAAAAGAUAUUUGUCGAAUUAAAAAAAACAAUCGUCGUACGAAUGUUACUUCUCUUUAUACAAAUUAUUUCCAUUUUACCGCAGUGCUGUUACAUCACCAGAGUAACAUGGACAUAUUAGUACAGUAUAUGUGAAUAUAACACAAAUAAGAAUGAAUAAUUAUUUGCCAUCUUUCAUAUAGAUGACCGGCAGAAGAAUAAGUAAGAAGAAGAAAUAGAAAUCUAAAUCUGUAAAAGACCAUUGUCAUUUUUAUCACGAUGGCGUUAUCACGAAUAAGUCGUUGUCCUGACUUGUUAACAGUGUUUAAUCGCAACUUGCAACCAAUUGGUAUAACAAGUUAUCCGAUCAAUACAAUAUUUCAAUGGAAACGUGAAAUGGUACCAUCAAAAAACCAAAUGAAGAUUUUACACGUAACUAGUAUACGUCGUUAUCCUGAUGCACCAACCAUACCACUUCCAAAUAACGUUUCGGAAAUAUUUGCCAACGAGACUGGCCGAUUCACUCCGGAACGAGCAAGGGACAUUGCAAGUCCUAUUUUGAUUUAUGGUGCUAACAAAGUCACCGCAAACAAUUCAGUAACGUUCUCGUCUUUUAGCGACAAGAAUAAAACGUUCAAUGAACAAAAGAACUUUUCCUUCGUCCGGGAAGACAUACACGUUGAUUCGUACGAUUGUACAGGCACAGUCAGUUUAAAUGGUAGCAUGCAAAGUAAUGUGCCUAAACCUUUCUGUUCAACUGGUAAAUCGACUCAUUUCAAUAUGCCAGGUGGACAAUGGGCUAAGGAUAGCAAAUACAUUGCCGAAGAUAUGCAAAAAUCAAAUUACAAAUUAUCCAGCACUAAUAUUUUAUCUUCUAAUCGAAUUAAAAAUGGUAUCACGAACGAAGCCAUUUUGAUGAGUAUGCUUGGUAAUAAAUUAUUAUAUCCAAUGUAUAUAAAUCGUAUGAGAUACUCGACGAAUUCAUCGACAACGAAUACUACGAAUUCGAAGGAUGAAAUUGAAAAGAAAAUAAUACAGAGUAAAAAAGAAAGAUUAAAAAUUAUCGUAAGGGAUUAUGGGAAAGUUGUUUUAGUAUUUCACAUAGCCAUUUCGUUAGCGUCACUUGGAUUCUUUUACACCGUUGUUGUUAGUGGAAUAAAUCUAGAGCCUUAUUUGGAAACAUUCAUUGAUACCAAGAACGAAAAAAUAAUACAACUUAUGAAUAAUUCGUCCGGAUUUUUAUUGGCAUAUGGUAUUCACAAAUUGUUUGCGCCAAUACGAUUAUCAAUUACUUGCGGUGUAACGCCAUGGCUCAUUUUAUACUUACGAAAAAAGGGAUUUUUGAAAACACCAAAGCUAAAAAAAAUAGGAUAAACUAUCGCUUAUAAACUUAAAUAAACAAUAUAAAGAAAAAAAAGAAAUAAUAAUAAUUCUCUACGAUGUUUAUACAUAAGUAUCGACGGCUUUAUUAAGUUUUUGACAUAUAAAAUUAAAACUUCCAUGAGUAUUGUAUAACAUGCAUGCGACACGUGGGUUUCGUUCGAAUAGGAACGAAAUAAGUUUUUGUACCUCUGCGAAUAAAUAUCGCACAUACUCUCAAUAAAUGCAUAUUAUAAAUUUGUA